GCAUCAAGCCGUAAGACACAGGCGAUGCGAGAAACGAGUUGAUAAGUAAACUGCAUAUAAAGCUGGGCGUACAGUCCUCGUAGGUCGAAGCAGAUCAACAGUCGCCACAAGUUUAGCUAAAGAAUGGCUGAAGUUCCCUUGACACACAAGCUACACAGUGGAUAUUCUCACACGACCCUUCGAGCAUGGCAAAGCAACGGCACGACAAUAAAUCCAAACAAUUUGAUGUAUCCCUUAUUCAUAGUCGAUGACCCAGAAGCAGAAGACGAAAUCAGUGGUAUGCCGGGAAUUUAUCGAUACGGAGUGAAUCGCCUUGAAACUCACCUGAAACCUGCCGUAGCAGCAGGAUUGAGUUCCGUUUUGCUAUUCGGAGUUCCGUUUGCCAUGCCAAAAGACGAUUAUGGUUCGGCGGCUGAUCAUCCUGAAACCCCAGUUAUUCUCGCCAUAAAAAAACUGCGAGAUGUCUUCCCAAAUCUGCUUGUUGCAUGUGACGUAUGCAUUUGCGCCUACACAGUUCACGGACAUUGCGGAAUUCUUUGCGAAGACGGAAGCCUUGAUAAUGCCGCAAGCGUGAAAAGAUUGGCCAACCAGGCAUUAGCCUAUGCCAAAGCAGGUGCCCAAGUUGUCGCUCCUUCUGAUAUGAUGGAUGGUCGAGUAGGAGCUAUAAAAACCAUACUUAAUGACAAUGGCCUUGCCAGCAAAGUAGCUGUUCUUUCGUACGCUGUAAAAUUUUCUUCUUGUUUCUACGGACCUUUCCGUGAUGCGGCCAAGUCAGCGCCUGCUUUUGGCGAUCGUAGAGCUUAUCAGCUUCCAUCAGGCAGUACAGGAUUGGCCUUACGUGCUGCUGAGCGCGAUGUUUCUGAAGGAGCGGAUUUUCUUAUGGUUAAGCCAGGAUUGGCUUACCUAGACUUGGUUCGCCAGGUCAAAGACAAAUACCCUAACCACCCAAUGUUCAUUUAUCAGGUUUCGGGAGAAUACGCAAUGCUUUACCAUGGCGAUAAAGCCGGUGCAUUCAACCUGGACACCAUGCUAAUGGAAAUUUUGUGCUGCAUGCGACGAGCGGGAGCCGACGUUAUUAUCACAUAUUUUGCCCCUAGGAUUUUGGAAUUAAUUUCCAAAUAAGUUUACAGAACAUUGGCAAAUAUCAAACAAGAAAAGAACGUAGGUUUGAAGGAUCUUGUACUUUCAAGUGGCAAAGCGAUGCUUACGUUACAAUUGAUAGUGGUGGAAUCCUUCCAUAUGAACAUGAUCAAGUCAAUGUAUUUGAUUUUAUGAGGCUU